GAUCAACUUCGCUACAGUCUGUCUUUCUCUUCUUGCUUGUUUUUGUUAAAUCGGUAGUAUUGGCUGGUGCGGUAGGCUCAUUAUUGGUUUGUGAGUCAGUUUCUUUGUUGUGAGAUUGUGUGAUGUUUUUUUCUGAUGUAAUACUUGCUUCCGUUGUUCGGCGAGUCACAAUUUUACACAAAAAGAGCAUUUGAUCGUAGAAUUUAUAUUUUCGUAGACUUUUUGCACCAGAGCCGGAUUUACAUUCCUUAACUUUUUUGUGAUAUUUCAUCCAGUUAUCUCUUGCAUUGUUCCAUUUUUUUAUGAUAUCUUUGCCUAAAAAAGAAAAAAUUGUUACAGAUAUUUAGCUGCAGGGAACACAUUUAGUGAUCUACAUUACAGUUUCAGAAUGGGUAUAAAAACUAUCAGCUGUAUUGUACAAGAAGUAUUUGAAGCAUUGUGGGAAACCCUUUCUCCAAUUUAUAUGAAACUACCAUCGGAAGACGAAUGGUUAACAAUAGCAAAAAAUUUCGAGACUAAUGCAAAUUUUCCUCAUUGCUUGGGAGCCAUUGACGGAAAACAUAUUAGAAUCAUCAAGCCAGAAGAAAGUGGAUCAAUGUUUUUCAACUACAAGCACUAUUUCUCAAUAGUAUUAAUGGCUGUGGUAGACACAAACUAUAAUUUUGUUUUUAUUGAUGUUGGAGCCUACGGCAAAGAAUGCGAUUCAGCAGUAUUUAAAGAAACAGAAUUUUGGAAAAGAAUAGUAGGCGAUAAAUUAAAUAUUCCUCGACCUAAGCAGUUGCCAGGUGCAGGCAGUGAGUUACCUUAUGUAUUUGUUGCUGAUGAAGCUUUCGCUUUACAUCAACACGUACUUCGUCCUUACGGUGGGCAUCAACUUGACUCAAUAAAAAAAAAAUUCAAUUAUCGCCUCACAAGAGCGCGACGCUACGUCGAAUGCGCAUUUGGUAUUUUAUCCAAUAAAUGGAGGAUUUUGCAUAGACCAUUAAAUGUUUCAACAGAUACUGCUGUUAACAUUGUAAAAACAUGCUGCUUAUUACAAAACAUAAUUCAUAAAGUAGAGGGUAUUGCUAAUAAUGCUACUGACACUGCUAGUUCACACAUGGUGUCUACUCUAUGCCAUUUGCCUCGUUCCCAUUCAACAGGAGGUAAUGUAACAGCAAAUAUGAUUCGUAACAAAUAUGCAGAGUAUUUCAUGUCACCAGUAGGGCGUGUACCAUGGCAAAAUCAACAUGCAUAAAAAUAAUGAAAAUAAAAUGUUACUUACCAAAA